AUGUCCAUCAACCACGGAACAUCUGUCUACCACCGCGUCGCCGCGUCCUACCAGCGCGACAGCACCGGCACACUGCUCGUCGUCGACGGCCGAUACGCUACAAACAUCCAGUCUCAAUGGACAGAGUUAUACCAGCUCUUCUUCAACACAGAGGCGUCGGAAAUGACUGAACUGGCCUCGGGCAAGACGAUAACCACCACCGACAUAACCCCGUCCAGCCCCUUAACCCCCCAGCACAAGCAACCCACUCUGCAUAUCCACGAACUCUACGACCCUACCACCCCCGUCAUCCGCGGCCUUGUCACAUUCCCACUCGAGUCAGAGUCAAACACAGACACGACCUUCUUGACCUGGGCAAAGACCUUCCUCCUGCUAAACACCCGCCACCUCACCACAUCCCCGACCUCCGCACCAACCUCCGUCCAAAUUGCCGUCGCCGAAAGAAUAACAACCCUCUUCGAAGAAACCCUCAAGAACACAUCCCACCACGACCUCUGGCACGUCACAGGCAGGCAAUACUUCCAGGCCCGAGUCCACACCUUCAUCAAAGACAACGCGCGCAUCGAAUUCUGUCUCCCCGCAUUCCCCUGCAAAUCGUCAAACCCAGAGAAAGUGGCCGGCGUGGUCCCCGAUGCAGCGGAGUACCUCGCCCUGUCUCAUUUAAGCGGGUUCAUCGAGAGGGUCUGCGAGAUUUACCACCCCGGCGCGACGCUGUGGAUCGUUAGUGAUGGGCACGUGUUUUCGGAUAACAUCGGCGUAGACGACGCCCUCGUCGACUCCUACGGCGAAAUCCUAGCAAACACCUACAUGUCCGGCCUAUCACCCACCCAGCGCGAGAAGAAACACAUCCAGUUCACGGGGCUGGAGGACCUCUUCUUCUCGUCGCCUGAAUCAACAUCCUCAUUCACCACGGACAUGCUAUCCGAGGUCUCGAUCCCGCAGCCCAUCGAAACGGUCGUCACAGAGAGCGCGCAGAAAUGCCGGCUUCUCCUCGAGCGAAUUGGCGGUAUCGACCGCGGCCAUUUGAGGGGUCUGAUCGACGCUAAACACGCCGAUACACUCGCCCUGUAUCAGGGACAAUCGCGCUUCAUGCUCGAGGAUCUGGGCGCGUAUAUGGAUGCACGGAUGCUGGGCGGAAAGGCGCGGAAGAGGCUUGCGAGUAAGGUUGCGGAGGAGAUGAUUGCUAGAAACCACGCCUACUCCAACCUCGUCGAAUUGCUUUUCCCGCAUCAUAUCCGGCUUAGCAUCCAUGCACACACAAACGCGGGCCCCAAAUUCGGCAUCCGGCUCUUCCCGCAUGGCUCUGUGCGCGCCGCGCCGAGCACGCAGUCCCUCCUCGCGCUGUGCGACUCCGCGUCCAGCUCCAGCUCCAGCUAUACCUCCAAGGGAUCGUCGGGGCCACUGACCAACACGCUCUACGAGUUUCAGAUCCCGACGGCGUGGCAUAACGCGCUUGUUCAAGUUGACGGCGUGCAGGGGAUGCUCUUGACACGCUCAGGGAUCGUCCGGGAUGCUAUCAAGACCGGCCAUCUUGCAGGGUCCUGGGUUGAGCACCACAGUAGUCAGGGCGGGUACUUUUCCAUCCGACGCGUCAAGCAGGAGGAAGACACCCACCCGGUUGUUACGGAUCUAGCCCUGCAGACGAUUUCCGAGACCGAGGCGGACCUUAGUAUGCUCAAAGAGCGGACCUCUAGCGGGCUUCAGCUUGGUGCUUAUGCUGCAAGACGGAGUCUGCUUGUUAUUCUGGGCGCGGGUGUUUGGGGGCGUGUUGUGGCGGUUUGGGGCGUUGUUAGGGCUGUUAUGGGGACCGCUGGGAAGUAUUAA